UGUCAGCCCUCCCUGAGAUGACACCUUGCUUGUUCUUUCCCUAAGAAAAUGCCCUGUGGCACAUAGUGCACUUUAUGAACCUAGCUUCCUUUAGGACCCAGAGGAAAUCAUUUGCCCCGCGUCCAUUCCACGGGCCAGUUCCUGGUUUCAGGGGUAGGAAAGCCAUCACAGGGCUUCCUCCCACACUGGAUCAUCAUGAAAUUGCACCGCAAGUCUGUGCUCAGUCUCUUCCAUGGGCAUAGAACACAGGCUCCGGACCAGGAGGGCAUCUUGCUAAAGAAGGGGACUAGAAACACCAGCUAUCAGCGGCGUUGGUUUGUCCUCCGGGGAAACCUCCUCUUCUACCUCGAACACAAGGCAGACCACACACCCCUGGGCCUCAUCCUGUUGGAGAACUGCCAAGUGGAGCCCCACCUUAAGGCUGCAGAACCCUAUGCCUUUACCAUCCAGACUCCUGGGGUGGAAGGCACAAGGGGAAGGACCUACAAACUAGCUGCAGAAAACCAGGAAGAACUAGAAGCUUGGCUGUGUGCACUGGCUAGGGUGAGCUGGAGGCGGCUGGCUGCACUGCUACCAGCCCUGGAAGCCCAGUAUCAGGAGCUGUGCCAGGCAGCUGGCCAAGAGCCCAGCUCACCCCCAGAAGACAGUGGCUUUCUAGCUGCUCUCGCUGCUCCCUCCCACUUCCAGGAGUUGCAUGAGCGCAUUGGUAAGGAGAUCCGGGUGCUGCGGGCAGUACCUAGAGGGCUCCAGGAAGCCAAUGACAAUGCUGGCAGCAGCUCUCAGACAAAGCUGGAGCAGAAGUUCGACCAGUGUUUGUUGAUGACAGACUGAGAGUUGGACCAAGGGCCAAGAGCUACCACCUACAUACCUGUUGAGAUCACAAACUGCUUUCAGAGACCAAGGCCC